AUGACGUUCUACACUACAACUCUCUCCCCUGGCGACUUCCUGCCUCUCUUCCAGUUGAUGGAUGACUACUGCGAUACUCGCCGCGCAACAAACGCCCAGUCCAGCCGUGGCAAACCAGCUGCAGCUCCUGCUGCUCCAUCCACUCCUGCAACCCCUGCAAAGCGUCAACUCUCUUCUUUCACACCUAAAUUUGACGUGCGGGAAGCAGACCAAUUCUACAUCCUCAAUGGAGAACUACCCGGCGCUCAACAGGAAAACAUCGAGAUCGAAUUCACCGAUACCGAGACCAUGGUAAUCAAGGGCCAGAUCGAGCGCAACUACGACGUCACCUCACCUUCCUCAGAAGAAUCUACCCACGACAACGACGAUGUCAUGUCUGUUCAUAGCGACAGCGCAUCAAGCACGCAUUCAAACUACCACUCACCCACAGUCGAGGAUGAGGAUGAAGAUGGCGUCGUCAAAGUCAAAGCAGCCCAGUCUACAAGCAAUGUAGCCACAAAGCACCAGCCACAGUCAGAAGCUCAACAACCAAAAUACAAAUACUGGGCUUCGGAACGCUCAAUUGGAACUUUCCAGCGCACAUUCACCUUCCCGACUCGUGUUAACCAGGACGAAGUCAAGGCUGUAUUCAAGAAUGGUAUCUUGUCGGUGUUUGUGCCAAAGCAAGCCAUUCAAAAGGCCAAGCGGAUUCGCGUUGAAUAA